AUGCUGCGUCGCAACUCCGAUAUCGAGAUUCAGCUGCCCGACAUGGGAGCAACGCCCCUUUCGCCAGUCGUGCUGGCGGAAAUCGAUGAUGUUGAAAUGACUCCCACAGAAGUAGCAAGCCCGCUCACCCUCCCGCCGCACAUCGCCGCUCGUUUCUAUCGCCGUAAUAGCAAGUUCCGACGAUCCUCCACAGCGUCUUCUCGACGCAGCUCUGUCUCGUCCCUCCAUUCACACCACUCGAACGCGUCGUCAAAUGGCCCCUCGAAUGCAGAUAAUCUUGCCCAACAUCUUCGACGCACUUCUAUUAUUGAAUCCCGCAAAGCCAGGCUCGCAGAUCGUGCACUGCACGCCGAGAAGGUGCGGCUGCGAGCCGCACUGGCAAAAGCUGCGACAAGAAAUCUUUACAGUGAGGAGCGUGCCUUGGCCGCCCAGCAGGCACGCGAGCGCCUCCUCGCAGAGAUUACGGCCAAGUGUGAGGAUCAUGUCAAACGGGCCAAGAAGAAAGCCGAGGAUCAACGGGAGAAACUGGCUGCGGAACAUGCUCGGCUACGGCUCGAGAUUGCGGAGAAGUGUGCCGAGGCGGAGAAACGCCGGGCUUUAUACCAGCAAUCUCAUCGGCGUCGCACAAGCAGCUUGCCGGUCGCAGUGGAAAAGAAGAUCGGACGAGCCGUCGUGACGGGCAUGACACAAGAAGCUGCUGCUCAGAAGAUUCAGCGAACGUGGAAGGCGUAUCACGCUAAGACGGUUAUGAAAGAAUUCCGCGCCCUGGGUCUAUCUGUCGACCAGGUCCGCGAAAUGUCUUUUGAGAAGGUUGGCGCGCUACUGUCAAACAAGACCGUGCUCGAGACGACAACGAAGAUUCUCCUCAUCUGUGGCCUGCAAGAUAUGGAGGGCGGUGCUAUGGGUGCACGAGGCGCAGUACGCACCUUCUUGAGCAGUUACCUGAUCGCUACCCAUCCGGCCGAUGUGCUGAGCGGAGACGGUGAGCAGGAGCAGGAUUUGAUCAACAAAGCGCAAGAGCUCCUGGCCGUGUUUGACCAGGUCGCUGCGCUGCUAUUGUCCGGCUGUUGCUCCCCAACUGUUAUUACCUCGGAUUUGCAGGCUCUUCGUGAAUCACACAGUGUCUUUUUCUCUGCAUUUCACGCCUGGAAGUCCCAGGAUUCGACGGUCCUCAUCGACAUCAUGCUGGCACAAUUUGUCGAAUUAGAGCUUAUCUGGCAGACGGUCAAGAAUGAUGAAGCGGGAGGCGCCGCAGAUGACUAUCGUCAGGGCAUUCGGCAGAAUCAAAUCCUUCUCCUGGCCCGACUCAAGCGACUUGCAGGUUCGGACAAAGCCAUGGAAUUGGUCCGACAGUCGCUCAAAAAGGCGAAAAGGGAGAAGAAACGGUUGGCCUCGAAUCAGGCCAUUCCGCGCUCGACCGAGCCUGCAGCUGCUUCCUCAACAGGGGUGCUGAGUGACGGUAUAUCAUCUCCAGCGAAUGAACCCUUGAGUAAUGCGGAUGCAACCGUUCUUCAAGAGCUGGAUGAGCAACGAGCUUCUCCCCAUGAGCGAUUCACAAAGAUCAUGACGGCGCUUCCCGAGAAUCGGGCUUUGGUCCAUGAGCUGCUCCUGAACAAAGAGUACAAGAUCGCAGAGUCGUCGUACACGAAGCCACGACGGCAGGUCAUGGAGUACAUGUGUGAGCAGAUGAGACGGGAUGUCGAAGCAGGGCAAGGUACCGCUUGGACCGUCGCCAUGGCCACGGUGAUCCAGGAUCGACUUUUGCGGUCGCUUCAACCCGGGAAUUCACUCCAUGUGCUGAUCGGUGAAGUGCUGGACCCGAAACUGGUGGAGAACCAAUGUCAGGCAGGCACGUUCUCCUACGAGAACUUCUUCAAUUUCAUGAACACUAUCUUGCCUAGGCUUUGCGCACCCUACCGGGAUCCCAUCGUCAAGGAAUUCGCAGAGGACUUGUCCGGUGAUGCGAUUGACCGGUUGGCAAAGCUCAUGGGCAUCAUCGAUCUGCUCUCGCUGGACCACACUAAUUUCAUGAUACAAGUAGCUGCACCCCAGCUAAUUGAAGAAGCACCGGGGUAUGAGAAGCGAACAUUCGAUAAGGGAAUUGCCGAUGGCUCUAUUACACUUGGCAAGACUAGACGAUUCUGGCGCACGAACUGGAAAGUCACUGUCGAUGAAAUGAAGAAGCGAGAUCCCGAGAAUGUCCACGGGGAGCCUCGACCUCCGUCGUCACGUGUAUAUGCUCAUGGUCUCGUCGACCUGAUUUUGAGUAAUGCCCUGGUCUCUGAGGAUCUUGUUCCAGAAACCCUCGCGCUCGAUCAGCAACGUCUGGAACGUCUGCACGCACGAGCGUUUCAGAUUGUGGCAACAGCGUCCAUUCUUUUGACAGCCAAGAAUCUGCUGAAGCGGGAUGGUCGGUCGCAGUGGAAGACCGAGGCCGAUCGAAUUUUAUCACUUGACUUCAACGAAAUCGCCGCUGAGCGUGUGCAGUCGAUCCUCGAAUCGACGCACCCGAUGCCGUCCUCUGCCAGCGCACAACUUGCGGCGACAAUCAGACGUGUGCUUGGACCCGUUGCGACAGCAAGCUCCUCGGCCGCGGAGCAAGUGAGCGUUCACGUUCGGACGGAAAUAACGUCGGACUGGUCAUCGGCUGAUCAUUCAGCAACCAGCUCCCCCGCCUUGAGCUUCACAGACCCAGUGGCGAAGCUCAUUCUCUCUCGCCUUCGAAGCCACAUCCUUGCUAGAAUGAGUGCAUCAAGUGCAUCUGAGCGGGUGCGAACAACCAGUUCUGCCAGUCAGAGUCUUGCUAGUGCUGGCAUGCCUGAAUUUGUGGGGGAAGUUGGCAAAUUGGUCGAAGAGUUGGAGAAAGUGCGCGAGGUGGAUUGGCUUUGCCACAGCCAUGUGUAUGAACGACUUUAUAAUGAAGGGACUUCGAGUGCGUGA